AUGGGGAACAGACUAGACAUUCCACAAUUACAACUUUUCCACAGUUUUAUUCAAGAGCAAAGACUGACAAGCGAAGAAGAACUUCGAGAGAAUGAAGUACAAUACAAUACAGAACAAGAUAACUGGGAAAGAAAGAUACAGAAGCAAAGACUGAGAAGAGAAGAAGAACUUCGAGAGAUUGAAGUACAAUACAAUACAGAACAAGAUAAGUGGGAGACAAAAAUACAAGAGCAAAGACUGAGAAGAAAAAAAGAUCUUCGAGAGAUUGAAGUACAAUACAAAACAGAACAAGUGAACUGGGAGACAAAGAUACAAGAGCAAAGACUGAGACAAUACAAAACAGAACAAGUGAACUGGGAGACAAAGAUACAAAAGCAAAGACUGAGAAGAGAAGAAGAACUUCGAGAGAUUGAAGUACAAUACAAAACAGAACAAGAGAAUUGGGAGACAAAGAUACAAGAGCAAAGACUAAGAAAACAAGAAGAACUCCGACAGACUGAAGAAAAAUACAAAGCAAUAAUGAAAACAGAAGAAGAUAACUGGGAGAAAAAGAUACAAGAGCAAAUAUUGAGAAAAGAAGAAGAACUUCAAGAGAUCAAACAAAAAUACAAAAUAAUAAUAAAAACAGAAGAAGAGAACUGGGAGACAAAGAUACAAGAGCAAAGACUGAGAAGACAAAAAGAUCUUCGAGACAUUGAAGUACAAUACAAAACAGAACAAGAGAACUGGGAGACAAAGAUACAAAAGCAAAGACUGAGAAGAGAAGAAGAACUUCGAGAGAUUGAAGUACAAUACAAAACAGAACAAGAGAAUUGGGAGACAAAGAUACAAGAGCAAAGACUGAGAAGAGAAGAAGAACUUCAAGAGAUUGAAGUACAAUACAAAACAGAACAAGAGAAUUGGGAGACAAAGAUACAAGAGCAAAAACUGAGAAGAGAAGAAGAACUUCGAGAGAUUGAAGUACAAUACAAAACAAUAAUGAAAACAGAACAAGAGAACUGGAAGAGAAAGAUACGAGAGCAAAGCCUGAAAAGAGAAAAAGAUCUUGGAGAGAUUGAAAAACAAUACAAAACAGAAGAAGAGAACUGGGCAAAAAAGAUACGAGAGAAAAGACUGAGAAGAGAAAAAGAUCUUCAAGAGAUGGAAGAAAAAUACAAAACAGAACAAGAAAACUGGGAGACAAAGAUACAAAAGAAAAGACUGAGAAGAGGAGAAGAACUUCGAGAGAUUGAAGUACAAUACAAAACAGAACAAGUGAACUGGGAGACAAAGAUACAAAAGCAAAGACUGAGAAGACAAAAAGAUCUUCGAGAGAUUGAAGUACAAUACAAGACAGAACAAGUGAACUGGGAGACAAAGAUACGAGAGCAAAAACUGAGAAGAGAAGAAGAACUUCGAGAGAUUGAAGUACACUACAAAACAAUAAUGAAAACAGAACAAGAGAACUGGAAGAGAAAGAUACGAGAGCAAAGCCUGAAAAGAGAAAAAGAUCUUGGAGAGAUUGAAAAACAAUACAAAACAGAACAAGAGAACUGGGAGACAAAGAUACAAGAACAAAGACUGAGAAGAGAAAAAGAUCUUCAAGAGAUUGAAGAAAAAUACAAAUCAGAAAAAGAGAAAUGGGACACAAAGAUACAAGAACAAAGCAUGAAAGGAGAAGAAGAACUUCAAGAGAUUGAAGAAAAACAAAAGACAAUAAUGAAAACAGAACAAGAGAACUGGGAGACAAAGAUACAAGAACAAAGACUGAGAAGACAAGAAGAACUCCAACAGACUGAAGAAAAAUACAAAACAAUAAUUAAAACAGAAGAAGAUAACUGGGAGAAAAAGAUACAAGAGCAAAUAUUGAGAAAAGAAGAAGAACUUCAAGAGAUCAAAGACAAAAAACAAAAAAAUAAUAAAAAAACAGAAGAAGAGAACUGGGAGAAAAAGAUACAAGAGCAAAGACAGAGAAGAGAAAAAGAACUUCGAGAGAUUGAAGAAGAAAACAAAUCAGAAGAAGAGAACUGGGAGACAAAGAUACAAAAGAAAAGACUGAGAAGAGGAGAAGAACUUCGAGAGACUGAACAAAGACUGAGAAGAGAAAAAGAUCUUCAAGAGAUCGAAGAAAAAUACAAAACAGAACAAGAGAACUGGGAGAAAAAGAUAGAAGAACAAAGACUGAGAAGAGAAAAAGAUAUUCAAGAGAUUGAAGAA